AUGAUGCGAUGGUCCAUCAGGAAAUGCUUCAAACUCUCUGUGGCCAUCAUAUUCCUGUGGUUCUUCAUCAUCCUGGAAGUACCUGAGGAAAUUGAAGAUAUCCAAAAGGGUCAGGGUGGCCUCUUGGAUACCCUGGCUUCCCUGUACCACGCCUCCUCCACAUCUGAGCAGAAGCAGUUAACAGUGCUAGUUCACCUGGCAGAGUCUGACUCCACCUGGCUCAGGAAAACUGUUCACCAUAUUGCAAGCCUCUACAGCUCCCAGAUCUUGACAGGGCAAUUGCUAGUGAUCCAUGCCCCAUCUCAUACCUACCCUACUGUGACAGACAACCAGAAGGAGCUCUCUCAGGGGCAGAUCUACUCCAAGCAGAACAUAGACCACGCCUUCCUCAUGAGCUUUGCCACAAAUCUCUCUACUUAUUUUCUGUUGAUAGAGGACAAUGUCUUUUGUGCCCCCAAUUUUGUCACCCACAUUCGCUCAAAGGUAAUCAACAGGAUCCCCCACACAUGGGUACUCCUCGAGUUCUCUAAUAUGGGCUUCCUUGGCAAACUUUUCCACAGCAGGGACCUUCCACUUCUGGCCCAUUUCCUCCUCCUCUUCCACAAGGAGCGACCCCUGGAAUGGCUGAUCCUUCAUUUCCGUACCCUCCUGGACCAGCAAAAUGUAAUCUUCUGUAGACCUUUUCUCUUCUACCACAGGCUAUCUCACCUCAGUUUUGAGAACAAGACCUUAACGGCCCAGGAAAAUGGUCCUUGUGGUCCUGAUGUCCUGCCUGGAGUUGUUUUCACAGACAUGAGGUUCUCUGGUGUCCAUUCCCCCCAGGAGGCCUACACUCUGGACGAGUCCUUCUUUUGGACUUACAACGUCAGUACAGGCAACUAUGUGACAAUGAUUCUGAACCACCCAGCGAACCUGAACAGAGUGCAAGUACAAACAGGCUCCAUCACGGAUGGAAAAUACAUCCUAGAAAAAGGACAGGUGGAGCUAGGCUACCAGCCUGAAGGAAUACCCCCAAAUUGUACCAGCUUUACCUUGCUGGGACGUCUUGUACAUGGGCAGAUGGAUCAGAUCAUUCUGGAAAGCUCGGGGUACCAAGUGAGCUGCGUGAAGCUGGCAGUGAAUGCUAAUCAGGCCGGUGGUCUCAUGAUCAGGCAUGUCUACCUCUGGGGGGAAAAUGCCUAGAACAGAAAGGCUGAUCAGAGCUGAUGGUAUAUCAGAGCAAACAAUUAAAGGCUUGAAGCCAUUUGACUCUAGCCACUAUGAAUGACAUCAGAGAAAUCCAAGGGAAUAGCAGGCAGGAAAAGAAGGCCCUGCCAUUUUUAUUUAUUUAUUUUUUUUCAGUGCCACUGAAACAUUAGGAAACAUUCUUUCCUUUUUCUACCCAAACAAGCCACUCAAGUAGGAUUCUGUUGUUGUUCUUUUACUCUGACAAAUGUAGCUUUGCCAAAUUUGGGGAAAGGCCUUGGUCCCUUUGAGAGUCUUUACAUUCCUGGGAGGCCUGGAUCUCCCUGGGUAGGGUAUGUGUGUGUGAGCAUGCUUUCAUGUUCUCAGAGGUGGGGUGACUGUAAGAGGGUCAGUGUAGAGAGCAUACCAAAUUUUGUUCUAAUGCUGGAGAUUGAACUCUGGGCCUGGAACAUGAUAAGCAAACACUCUGUCAUUGAGCCGUCCCUAGCCCCUGAGGAGUCAUUAGGACCUAACAUAAGAAACAGCAAGAUGGCUCAAUGAAGAAAAGCUCUUGUUGUACAAGUCUGGCGACCUGAGUUCUAUCCUGGAAACAAUGGACUCCAGAAAGUUGUUCUCUG